CUAUUAAUAGCUUUCACACAAGAUGCGAGGAAACGAAACCGAAGGUGAAGUGGAAGAAGAAGGAGCAACAACAACAAAGAGCAUGGUAAAAAUGAGGCUGAUUUUCACUGUGGUUGUAUUGUUUGUUAGUACCUGCUUUACAGAGGUUUGUCGAGAUAACUCAGCAUAUCUAUGCAAACAAGCCGAUUGUCGACAAGAUGUAUUUAAAAGAAAAUGCUGUAAAACAUGUCAAGGACCUAACCCACCAACAUAUGCUCCCCAGACUCCAAUUUAUACGAGAACCCCAAAAACUUGUGGUAAACCAAUCAUUUCGCCGAAUUAUAUUACUGGCGAAAGAAAUGCAGUGAUUGGAUCAUGGCCAUGGCAAGUUAUGUUGUUUUAUAAUAACAGACGCGUAUGUGGAGGAACCAUCAUUUCACCAUAUCACAUUGUUACAGCUGCCCAUUGCGUCCAGGGAACAAACGCAAACAAAUAUUUGGCCAGGGUCGCAGCUGAUGACAGUUCAAAUACAUUUGUCGUUGAUCAUGAAGUUAAGAAUGUUGUUCCUCAUUUCGACUUCAACAAAUUCUCUCUGGAUAAGGAUAUAGCUCUCCUUCAGUUGAAGACUCCUAUCCAAUAUAACAGUUACGUGCAGCCUGUCUGCUUGCCGCUGAAUUAUGUCAAGAUGGACGCUCAUUGUGUUGUUGUUGGUUGGAGGCACUCAAAUUUGCAACAGUCAAAAAUACAACUUGUUAUCAACACAGUUUGCCAUGACCGCAACAAACGUUUUUCGAAGUCAACGGUGACAAAAAAUAUGUUGUGUGGAGGUAACCCGGAAGAGGGGGAGGCUACAUGUCAUGGAAAUGCUGGUGGAGGGUUGGUAUGUCGUGGGAAGGACAGUAGAUGGCAAUUACAAGGAAUUGUCAGCUCACAUUGCAACUCAAAGUUCAUGUAUACAACAUUUACGAGAGUGUCGGAGUUUAGAAGUUGGUUAGAAUCAAACAAGCAAUGAUAAUUUCUGUAAUUUAUGUCAACUAGUCAUUGUGUUGGUAGAAAUAUCUCACUCAACUGGAGAA